AUGGCCGUUUUGACGCAGCUCCCCCCCGAGAUCAUCCAUGCCAUUUUCAGCUCUUGCAGCCCUGAUGACCUCGUCUCUCUCGGCCUAGUCAACCGCUGGGGUCGUGAUUUUGUUCACGACAACAAUGCUCUCUGCCGCUCUGUCUACUGUUCCCACUUUGUGCGUCCAUGUCUCACGCUGCCGAAAUCCGAGUUACCGUUUGUCCACGCGACGGUGACGCGAAUCCUCAGCCAUUCAGCUCAGAUCCAGCCUGGCAGUGCUGACACGCUGUUUGCACACCGGACCUUCCGGAACGCGAAGAUCCUGGCCGAGCUUCUCGGCUCCAAGUCGAACGAGCGUGCCUUCAUGUGCAGAUCGUUUCUGUUCGAGAAUGGGCGAGACUGGAGAAUGCGACUGCAUUUUCCUCAAGCACCCGUUGAAGAACAACAGAUGAGUGCCGAGCUGCACUGCCUCUACGGUACCAUGAUACAGCAAUACCAGGACGAUUUUGUCGAUUUUGACACAUACCCCCAUGCUGCAUCUAAAGUCUAUGACAUUCGGUCAUACACUCGUAAUACAGGUUGGGGACCUUUCAUGGCUGACGGCUCGGGGCGUGGUGAUUGGGAAAAAAUAGAAGCCAUUCUCAUUGCGCUGCGACAUAACGCCGUGGCAAAAGGGCUGAUGAAAUUUCCCGUUAUUUCGGAGGUUUGGAACCACUCGUUCGGAGGCGCCUGGCCACGGAGCUACGUGCCCAUCCGUCGGGACGUCAGUAUCACUCCCCGAGAGAUCGAGCCGCUGGACCUCCAAGACCCCUACAAUGUGACGGGAACCUGGAUGAGAAUUAUCUGCUUUCUUGAUUACCGUGAUUUCUUCCACUUUAACUUCCCGGACGAGAACGCUCUCCCGGCAGACAGGCCGCGAAGGCCUUUAAACGAAGAAGAAGAAGCACGUCUGGUAAUCAUGAAGCUACAUGUCACAAAAAUCGACCCGCCUGACGAAUACGGUCACCCGGACUACCCUAUCGUACAUUUUGAAGGGAUGUCUCAUUCCAUGGACAACCCAUGGGAUGACAAUGCUAACUCCAAUCUGCGAGGAACGUGCCGCAUGACAAAGCAUGGCGAGGUGCACUGGACAACCUUUUACAUAGUCGAAGGACAGGAACGUUGGCGCAGUGAGAGCCUCCAGUUGGGCGGGGUGAGGUCAGGACGAGGAGUUGUUGGCAAUUGGUUUGAUGCCAACUAUGAAAUACAGGGACCAUGCGGACCGACAGCCUUUUGGAAACUCCACGAGAAAGAACCUUUGAAGGGCGAUGAUUCAAGAUUGGAGACGUUUCCCUAUUUCCUGGCAGGUCCCACCGACAUCAACAUCAGCAUUGUCAUCAGCAUCGACCACCAUCACUUUGCUGUCGCCAACAAUUUUUAUGACGAGGACGAAGACGAAGAGUACCAAGACGAAGGCGAGGGCGAAGACGAUACGGACUAA